GUGUUGUGUUUGGCUAUCCUAGCGCCAACGAGUUGGGGGUGCGCGCAGUGGCCGGCAAGGUGACCUGCGGUGCCACGCUCUGGGUCAGAUCCGCGGCUGCGCAGGGUGUGGGCACAGAGACCACAUUUGUCGCUGUCUCGUAGUUUAAACAAAGCCAGCCGGGCCGGGCAGAUGAGGCCUCCCUGACGAGCAUUCUGUAUGAACCGGCGUAGGCCGUGGCUGGCGUCCGAGUUCGUCAUGUACGCGUUACUGGCACGUCGGCCACCAGUGCCGGGCGUGCGGGUCGUUGUCGGCCGGUUCGGAUACAUCGGCGGGUUUUUCCUGGGUGGCGACGGCAGCCGCCCCUUUAUCGGCUUCCUCGUUGCCGUGUAGCCCGGUGUGCGAGAUCACUUUAAUCAGAGCGGUGGGUGCGCCCCGGGCAUGGCGUGCAUGGAGCAAUGCCACGACUGAAUCCAGGAGGUCCCGAUGUUUACUCAGAUGCAGUCGCCGAGGCUCGUUAAUUGCUCGUUUGAUUAGGUACAAGCUUGCAACAGAAUCUGAUGCAAUAGUGAGCUUCUUAGUUGCAAAUUCUUUACCUUCGCCACCAAAUUCUGCGAGGGCAGCACGAAUUGCUGCCAGCUCAGCUCUCGUAAUAGUGUUAGUGCACCCAGCGCCAUUUGGAUUCACGUAGACAACGCGAGAAUCGCUGAACCAGGCGCAGGCGCCGGCAACCUGGACUUCUUUGCCAUUUUCAGUUUUGAUUUUGCUUACCGAACCAUCUGUCCAGACAGUGCCAUUCACGUCGUGGGCCAGAGCAUGGUGGGUCUGGAAUCGCGCGUUAGGAAAGCGUCGUGCUUCGUCAGCCAUGGCGUGUAUCGUCUUUGGGUUAGCGUGCUGGUAUUUGGCUUGCUUUAGAAGUGAGUUUGGGAGGGCCGGGCAGGUUGGGGCCGUGGCCGUGUGUGUCCACGUGCGCGGGUCGCUGAUGUGCGUGGGUGCGUUCGCCCCCCGUUUCAGUGUGUCCACGAGCCGUUUCAGGUGGGGGGCAAAGCACUGGAGUCCGGCGGGGUUCCCAACAAUGACCAGUCGGAGCCCCUUCUGGCGUUCAGCCUGGGUGUUGGUGCCAAGUCCUGUGUCAAGGCCCGCGGUGCCCGCGGACCAGUUGGCCAGCUCGUGGCAAAGUGGGUGUUGAAGCCACUGCGUGUGGGGGAAAGUGGCCGCUUUGGGGAGCGCCAAUACAGUAAGGGUUGGUUCCUGUGAGUCACGCAUAGCCUCGGCGCAUGCGAGGGCCCACAUGAGCGCCUUCCGUGCAUCGUGGGGGGUAGAGGGGGGGUGGGCAUAUUGCAAGCCGGUCCAUGCGGUCUGGUAGGCAUCGUGCAGUGCGCCAAAGGCCCCAUCAGCAGGGUCUCGUGUCCAGUAUUCGUGGGCUGCAGUGGAGGAGUUAAGUGGGGACGCAAACAUUUCCCGAAUGUGUACUGCUUGUGUGACCCGCAGGCAUUGGACGAUGGCUGCUACUGUGCCUGCCGGCAGCGACACCUGGUGCAUUGGCAUGGCCUUGCGGUCCUGCUGCGCCGGGUCAUAGCGGUAGCGCAUGAUGAGGGCAGCGACCGCUUCCUCAAAGGCGUUGGGCCGCUGGUUGCCGGUGUGCCUGAAGCGCUCCCACAGGGUAAGGAGGCGGGGGUAGGUGAUGGUGCCCAGCCAGCGGCCACUGGGUUCAUGGACGUGUGCCUCAGCUGGGUCACGGCGGGUGCCACCAGUGGUGGUAAUUGUGUAUGCUCCGGGGGCCACGAUGUCCUUGUAGGGGUUGCACGGGCUUGUGGUGAUGGUGGUGUUCGUGCGGAUGUCACGCGCGCGGGAUGCGGUAUCCAGGGGCUCGGCGUCGUGGCGGCCUUGGCGCUGUCUGGCGGUAAGGUUCCGAUCAGGUGCGGGGCGCACUGUUCGGGGCCGCGGGCCUUGGUUGGUACCGUUUGCUAGCCGGGUUUUGCACUCCUCCAGUAACUCCUCCCAUUGUGGACUGUGUUUUAGGUCCCGUUCACGGUCCGUGCUCGGCGCCCACGUGACAUGUCGCAGGAGUUUGGUCGUCCAGGACGAGAAUAGGGGGGCCCCAGUGGGCUGCGGUGCUGCCGGCUCUGCAGCUUGGGCAGGCUCUUCAGGUGAGAUUGCGUGGGCUUGGGUUUCAGCCGGAGGCUCAGCCUCGGUCUGCGCAGGUUGUGGGCCUGGGCGCGUCGCAAGAGGGUGCUUGUAGCACCUGGCGUUCUGGAUAGUUGCGUAGCCCAUGCGAACGAAAGCAGAGACAAUGCCGGCAGGGCAAAUGGACGGCUUCCACUGCACCUUCCAGUAUUUUUCACGUGUCCCAGAGGUGUCCUCUCUGGCCUUGCGCUUCCGUGUCAGUUCUUUGUCCGUGACAGUUUGUUUGUUUUCGCUGUGCAGGACCUGUGCCAGUUCCUGUCCGUCAUUGUCCAGGUCGUAGGUGAGUUGAGUGUCACCGUUAGUGCGGUUGUCGGCGGGCCGUGGGACUAGAUCGUGUGUGAUCCUGGCGCGGGCCAGUCGCCAGCUGGGACGGGCCCCGUGGCCUCCCGCAGCUUGCGCUGCCGGGGCGGUCAGGGGCGGCGUCGGGCUAUCGGCGUCCAUGGGGUCGUUGUGAGCGGCAGCCUGGUUGACUUCCAUAGGCAAUCCUGUGUUGUUCAGAUACUCGCUUAUGGCGUUGGGUUCGGGGUUGGCGGCAUUCGCCGUGAGGCGGGAUGUGAGGGCGGGUGGUAGCCCACGGCGCUGUUGGCGUGGUUCGACAGCAUGUGCAAGGGAGGGUGGGUCUUGUGGGUGUGGGUGGCAGAUCCGCAUGUGUCCUGUCUUUGGCGAGCGCUUGGAAUACCGAGCAUGCCGUUUCGUACCCCCGCGUGCCCACCGGCAGGCUCUCAUCGCCGUUGGUGAGCCGCAGGGCAUGGUUGAUGGCGGCGCGGUCCCCGGUGAGUAGGUCCUCAGGGGUAGUGCGUGUAGUUUCUGCAAUGCGUGCGCGUUGCGCUGCAUGUUUUGUAACGCGCCGUGCGCGUGUUUGGUUCUGUGGCCGGCGUGUUGUAGCCGGCUUGCGGGCUCUGGCCGGUGGCCGUAGGGAGGGUUGCGUUGCCCCAUUAGCGGGGACUUCCGGUGCAGCAGCACCUUGUGCGCCGGGAUGGGCCUGGGCCGGGGAGGGGGGGGCUAGGUCGGCGGGGGCUUGCGUGGUGUUUGCUUGGACGGGGGGCGCCUCCGGGAGGGGCUGCAGGUACCGGUCGAGGGGGUUGGCCAUUCCGAGAGGGAGGGGGUCCGCCCUCAUGGCUAAGGCCAC